AUCAGAAGGAGUUGCAGAACAAGAAGUUCGAGCAAGAAGCUCAGAAGUUGUGGCUGAGAAUGAGGAAUGAGGUCAUUCAGGAGCUUCAAGAGAAGGGGUAUGAUGUGGAGUGAGCUUUUGUUCCGAGUUAUCUCAUUUAUUGGCUGUAACAGCCUAGGCAUACUUGGUUCUUUGCCCAUGGAUAAAGCGGUGCCUCCUAGCCUCUUUGCUAAUGAUGGUUCGUUCAUGGAGAGGUUCAAACAGCUUCAACAAGUAAAGGAGAAUGAAAAGGAGAACAGUGCCAAACUAGAGGUGUCUAGACCAAUCAAAAUUAAAUCAGGGUCAUUGACUGCUAAUCCUUCUGUUAAUAAAACAAGUACAGAGUUUAAGACUAAUGAUACACGCAAGAACCCCCAGUCUGCUUCAGGUGGAAAACUUGCUUUCAGCUUGAAAAAGAAAUCGAAGAUUGUGGUGCCUCCUGUCAAGUUAGGUGCAGAUGAGGAUGAAGAUGAAAUUGAUGCUGGAAAAGUUUCAGCUGAUGCACCAAUGAAACGACAGAAGUUAGAUCAAGUGGAUGCCUCUGAGCAUUCAUCUAGAGAAGGGGAUGUUGGUAAUAACUGCUUAUAUAAUUUUUCUUUUAUUUGGUUGGGUUUCUGUGGACAGUCUGCGGAUCUGUUGGUAUUUGGAUCUAGUGAGGAACAGAUUAGGAAAAGAUUCCCACUACUUUCAGCUAUCUUUUACUCUCUAUAUUGUUUUUGCUGCUCUCGAUAUGUACAUGUUUUUAAAAACAUGUCUUGCUAAUUCUAUCAUUCAUAC